CAGGGGGCGGGGCCAACGCGCAACGGGUAGGGGAGGCGGGCAAGAUGGCUUCUGGCGAGUGAUUCUGCCCGAAUACCUCCGGCGACCGCUGAGACACCGGGACGGGGGGUGCUGCCCCCACUGCUGCCCUUCUUCCUCUCCCCCGCCCCCAGAGACCCCCCUCCUUCCCUUCCUCCUUCUACUUCGGUGGGGAGGGAGGGGAGGUGGGCCUGGUUCCUGGGACACCAUGUCGGACUCAGAGGAGGAGAGCCAGGACCGGCAACUGAAAAUCGUCGUGCUGGGGGACGGCACCUCCGGGAAGACCUCCUUAGCUACGUGUUUUGCUCAAGAAACUUUUGGGAAACAGUACAAACAAACUAUAGGACUGGAUUUCUUUUUGAGAAGAAUAAUGUUACCAGGAAACUUGAAUGUUACUCUUCAAGUUUGGGACAUAGGAGGGCAGACAAUAGGAGGCAAGAUGUUGGAUAAAUAUAUCUAUGGAGCACAGGGAAUCCUCUUGGUAUAUGAUAUUACAAAUUAUCAAAGCUUUGAGAAUUUAGAAGAUUGGUAUUCUGUGGUGAAGAAAGUGAGUGAGGAGUCUGAAACUCAGCCACUGGUUGCCUUGGUGGGCAAUAAAAUUGAUUUGGAGCAUAUGCGAACAGUAAAACCUGAAAAACACUUAAGGUUUUGCCAGGAAAAUGGUUUUAGUAGCCACUUUGUCUCAGCAAAGACAGGAGACUCUGUCUUCCUAUGUUUUCAGAAAGUUGCUGCUGAAAUCCUUGGAAUCAAGUUAAACAAAGCAGAAAUAGAACAGUCACAGCAUAUUGUCAGGGCAGAAAUAGUGAAGUACCCGGAAGAAGAUAAUCAACAUACCAACUCUGCUCAGAGUAGAAUCUGUUCAGUACAGUAGUGCAGAGGGUGGUGAAGGCAGAUAUUGUAAACUACAACCAGGAACCUAUGUCAAGAACUGUUAACCCUCCUAGAAGCUCUGUGUGUGCAGUUCAGUGAGCACAUUUUUCUUCUGUAUUGAUAGUUCUGGCUCCCCUUCGCCUCUGUGUGGGCUCAAGGACCUGUAGAAACUUGUUUUAUCAGUGACCAUCUCUGUAGUUCAGUUAACGCUUUCCUCUCAACUCGCUUCAUCAUUGCCUGUUGCCUCAGCCGCAGGCAGCUCCUUGGACUGGAAAAAAUUCAACUUUGGGACCACACACUUUGAAUUCAAAAUGGAAAGCCCGUUCUCUGGAAUUAGACUGCUUCAUUGAAAAAGAAUAAUGUUGGUUCUCUUUAUGUCCUCACUUCUUUUUUCCCUGAUGUAAGUUGUUUUAAACAAAUAUGAAAACUAUCUAAGUCUUGAUCAUCAGCCAGGAUUUUGCCACAGCACAGUUUCAUACUCUUAUCUGAACUCAUACCUGGCGAAGUAUGCUUCAGAGUACAAACAUUUAAACGAGUAAUAUAUUUUAUCUACAGAUACUUAAGAAGGCAUUCUCUUGCUGUCUAUUGUGAGUGAAAAUAUAUAAAGCUGUAUCUAACUGAAAAUGCUUGAAAUAAAGCUAUAAUAGAAAUAUUUUUUUCAUUUUUUUAAAAAGAGCCUAAAUACUUUAUAUUUUAGCUGUAGCUCACAAAGUAGUGAGUAUUGGAUAUUGUAUUUUUAUUAUUGUAUCAUGAUCAUUACGUGUUGUGUAAUACUCAGGUUAGAUGGCUUUGUGAAUUCUGAUAAAUGUUCAGCUGAUGCUCCAUGUGGACUUUCUCCUGCCAGCUGUGUAAGAGUACUUCCAGAAUGAAUUAUGACUAUUGUUGGAUCAUCGUGGAUCAGACUGUACCUGAUGUUCAGAUGUUUUUCUCCUGCAAAUAAAUUUAUUUAAAUUAC